AUAUAAAGGAAUCAAUUCUUAAAUUUAAUUGGCGGUUAGGAAACAGAGUGUGAGCUUGAACAGAGCAAGGGGGAGAGACGAAGAGGAGGGGAGGUCUCAGACUCGGACUUUCUCAGAACAAAAUCAAAACCAAAGUGGAAGACAGACUGUAUUGCUGGAAUUCGAUAGACAGUUGUUUCCAAUUCUGAGAUUUUGUUUAGAGUGUAUAGCUUGAAUUCUGCCUCUUUCUCUCUUGACUUGCAUCUGUUAUGAGACUUCCUCUUUCUCUCUCUCUUUCUCUGGCCAAACGCGGAUGGGGUCAGUUUGGUUUCUCCGCCUGUUUAAGGCCAACAGUGAACAGAACCACACCGUGUUUUUUCAACAGUGCGGUCUGCAGUUCAGGGACAAGAUCGAUCCAUUCGUCCUCACCCCUACUUUUUCAUACUCCUAUGGCAUCCUUCAUGAAGCCUUUAUCUAGAAAUGAAAAUGACCAUGACACAGAUGCUUCUUUGGAACAAGAAAAAGAAAAGCUCACGGCUGAUUUUCAGAAAGCAGUUCAAGAGGAUCCGCCUUCGUUAAAAAUACAAGGAUUCUCUGCAAUUCCUGAUGUGACAUGGGCAGAUGUUGGUGGUGAUGCUUUGAGGCACGAACUUAAUCUUCAUAUAGUCAAUCGUAUUAAGUAUCCUGAGAUCUAUGAGGAAUUUGGAAUGAAGCUAGAGACAGGUUUUCUGCUCUAUGGGCCUCCAGGGUGCGGUAAAACAUUGAUUGCAAAGGCUGUUGCUAAUGAGGCAGGAGCUAACUUCAUUCACAUUAAGGGCCCUGAACUUCUGAAUAAAAAGUGGGGAGAAAGUGAGAAGGCAGUUCGGACAUUGUUUAGUCGUGCAAGGGCGUGCACACCAUGCAUACUUUUCUUUGAUGAGGUGGAUGCUUUGACAAGAAACCGAGGGGAACAAGGAGUAGAGAGUGUUGAGAUUCUAUUGAACCAGUUACUUGUAGAGUUGGACAGUGGAGAGAAGCGGAAGGGUGUAAUUGUAAUUGGUGCCACUAAUAGACCGGAUCUAAUGGACCCUGCCGUCUUACGACCCGGAAGAUUUGGUAAGCAUAUGUAUGUCCCCCUGCCCAAUAAAGAUGAACGUGGCUUCAUCUUAAAAGCUCUUGCAAGGAACAAGCCUAUAGAUUCCAGUGUAAAUCUAAGUAAGAUUGGCCAGAGAACCGCUUGUGAAAAAUUUACUAGAGCUGAUCUUGCUGCACUGAUGCAUGAAGCUGCUAUGGCUGCUGUUGAAGAGAAACUAACGUCACUUGCGAGUUGGAGUUCAUCUCCAUGCAUAAUCAAAGAAACUCACUUUGAGCAAGCACUGGCUAAAAUCACACCCUCUCUAAGCGACAAGGAUUUGCAAGAGUAUGAGAAUUUCCGAAAGCAGCAGGGCAAAUGGACCUCAAAAAGGAAAGCAAGAAAUGGAGAAAAUGUUUGUCAAGAAUGUCAUGUUUGUCAAGAAUGUCCUUACCUAUAUUUCUUUAUUUUUUCUGUAUGGUGCAUUAUUUUCAAGUAUUUAUUUUUUUAA